AUGCCCGAUAACGAAAGUAGCAGCGAGACAUCGGGGUCUGAGGUGACUGUUGGCGAUAUGUCCACUCAACGUAAUGCUCUCAACCACUUUCUUGUAGUGUCGGGUAUUGACGCUAUCACACAGUCUAAAAAGAUGUUUAGUGAGCUGCAGCCUCGUACACAAAACACCCAUGUUACCAAGGCAUGUGAGGCUGUUGCUGCGCUACUUGAAAUUAUUGCGCCUGGCAAUGCAGGAGCUCUAUGGGAGGCCACAAAAAAAUCAAAAUUCGUCGAUAAAGUACUAGAAAUCGACGAGCUGGACAACACAGAAAAUAUCUACCUCCAAGCACUAGCGGAGACAUAUGAGCACGCUACUGGCUGGGAUACUCGUUGA